AGUAAGGGAGGACAGGACCCUCGGUAUCUAACCAGGGGGUGAAACAACACCCCUAAGGACAGCGUCAGGGGGGCAGAGCUAUCCAUAGGGUUCAAAGUAAGUUGGGGGUAGGGCUGGCUGGGCGGAGGGAAGGAGAGGUGGAGUGAAGGGUGUAGGGAGGAAGUGUUAGGAACAGGAGGAGCCCUGUCUGUGUCCGGAGGGAAAGGGAAGACAGCGCUGCCCGGCCUGGCCACAGACACAGCUGGUUCCUGCCAGAGGAAGCCCCAACGGAGGCCGAGGCCUGGUGUCGACCGCUAUCACAACCCAGCAGCACUGUUUACCUUCCCCUGGGGAACCACCCUUUCACACGGCGGGGUCGGGACACACAGACACACACCCACACUGUUACAGUUGCACUCAGUCCCGGCUCACACGGGCGCCACUGCUCUGCUUUCACUGUGUGGACUAGAGGAGGGUUCAGGCCAGUGCACUGCCCCUCAGCCGGAACAACGAGGAAACGAGGAGCCACGAGGCUAGCUGACCUUCCCCUGCCACUCACACACACACACACACACACUGUUACCUCACACACUCCUGUUGAGUGAGUCGGAGAAAGAGAAGGGGAGAGAGAGACUACUGGGUGGAGAGAAAGAGUAUCGGAUAAUUACACAAGUCUGGUGGCGCCGCGAUCCAUCUGAGGUGACGUGUCGUGGACGGGAAGAAAGUACGAGGUAAAGGAAGAGUCAUUUGAAGACUGUUAGCUGCAUAAAGUAAAAAGGAAGGGGAACUUUAAAGAAAGUCUUGUUCGAGUGGGAGGAAGAAGAAGUCGAGUACAAAAAGACAUCUCUCUCUGUCUGGCAGCCAUGUGAUCUGGCUGUGCUGGGCUCAUGUUCUAAUCAUGAGAGCAAGAGGACUCACUCUGUGAUCUCCCCAGGCCUGGAUGAGUCAGUCAGUCAGUGGGUCAGUCAGUCAGUCUGUCAGUCGGUAAGCACCCUAAGCACACAGGAGAAAGGACAUCGACCCUCCGGUCUACACACAGAGAAAGUGACUUGUGUGGUUUAGUGUGUCCCCUGUCCCGUCGAGAGCACUAGAAACACACAGAGGACAGGACAGCGUUGUGGAUUACUGCUGUGGGGAGGGGGGAUGCAGAGUAUGGCCGCCGAGGUCCACCUGGAGCGACAGAGGAGGUCUGACCUACGGAGAGCCUCAACCUCAGCCUCCACCUCGGCCAAUUUGACCUCUCCUCCCAGGGUUCCCACGGUGAUGCUGACCAGUCACAGGGGGACGCUGUGCAGACGGACCUCUCACAGGCUGGAAUCUGGCAACCCCAACCUGGCAACCAGGAGCCACCGCACAGCCAACCAAGGUAGCACAGAACAGAAGGUUGGAACGAUGCCCGAUUCACCUGCUGAUGUCAAAACCCAGCCCAGGUUGACUCCGCCCACAAUGCCACCUCCACCCCCGGCCGUCAGCCAGGCACCCAAUCGCAACGCUUCAUUCACACCCACCACCAGUAGGUCAAUGCUAAACGGGAGCAGUCACUCGAGUCACUCGCCCACUUCGCUCAACGGGGCGCCCUCUACACCCAACGGCUUCAGCAACGGCCCCGCCAUGUCGUCCACCGCCUCCCUGUCCAAUCAGCAGCUGCCGCCGGCCUGUGGCGCCCGCCAGCUCUGCAAGCUCAAGCGCUUCCUCACCACGCUGCAGCAGUUCGGCAACGACAUCUCGCCCGAGAUCGGAGAGCGAGUCCGCAGUCUGGUGCUGGGCCUGGUGAAUUCCACCCUGACCAUAGAAGAGUUCCACUCCAAACUCCAGGAGGCUACCAACUUCCCUCUGCGUCCCUUUGUCAUUCCAUUCCUCAAGGCGAACCUGCCCCUGCUUCAGAGGGAGCUCCUCCACUGUGCACGGAUGGCCAAGCAGACACCCGCCCAGUAUCUGGCCCAGCAUGAGCAGCUGCUGCUGGACGCCAACGCCAGCUCGCCCCUGGACUCCUCUGAGAUCAUGAUGGAGAUCAACGAGCAUGGCAAGAGGAGGACCCCCGACAGGACCAAAGACUCGGAGAGAGACGGGCACCACCCGGAGCACCUGGCCAAGCGGCCCUGCACCAUCAGCCCCAGCCAGCGCUUUAGUCCCAGCACUGGCCUGCCAGCCCACCCACCCCCCAACGGCCUGCCCACGCACCCCCCCAACGGACUGUCUCACCCCAACCCCCCUGCCCCCCAACACUACCGGCUGGAGGACAUGGCCCUGGCCCACCACUACCGCGACGCCUACCGCCACACAGCAGAGCACCGCGAGGCUCGGGACAGGCACCGGCAGACAGCCGUGCAUGGAGCACGUCAGGAGGAAGUGAUCGAUCACCGCCUGACAGAUCGGGAGUGGGCCGAGGAGUGGAAGCACCUCGAUAAUGUACGUGUUGCUGGGCUGCUCAACUGCAUCAUGGACAUGGUGGAGAAGACACGGCGGUCUCUCACAGUGCUGCGGCGUUGCCAGGAGGCCGACCGCGAGGAGAUGAACCACUGGAUCCGACGCUACAGCGACGUGGAAGAUAUGAAAAAAGGUGGGAGCAACGGCCAGCCACGCCCUCCUCCUCCUCCUGUACCUCUACCUCCUCACAACUCCUCCUCCAACACUCCUAACAACGUCGAGACACAGCAGCCCAUAGAGAUUCAUAGGGACUUCCUGCACAGACCUGCUUCUGGCUACCUACCUGAGGAGAUCUGGAGGAAGGUUGGUGCUACAAGUAUCCCACUCUCCCCAGCACUGAAGCAACUCCAAAACAAGCAGGAGGAGGCAGUGAACGAGGUGAAGAGGCAGGCGAUGUCGGAGCUACAGAAGGCUGUGUCAGACGCUGAGAGGAAGGCCCAUGAGAUGAUCUCCGCUGAGAGGUCCAAGAUGGAGAGAGCGCUGGCCGAGGCCAGGAAACAGGCCUCUGAGGAUGCACUGACCGUCAUCAACCAGCAGGAGGACUCCAGCGAAAGCUGCUGGAACUGUGGACGCAAGGCCAGUGAGACGUGCAGUGGCUGCAACACGGCACGCUACUGCGGCUCCUUCUGCCAGCACAAAGACUGGGAGAAGCACCACCACGUCUGUGGCCAGGGUCUACAGGGCCUCCCCGGGGGCAGCAGUGUUCCUCUGGGCACACCCUCCUCCAGCGCACCCCCUACACACUCAGAGAGCACCCCCUCUGGUCCACUUUCCCUGCCCGGCCAGACCAGCGGUGGUGGGGGAGGCAUUCUCUCCGGGAGUCCUAAGGAGGCUAGCUCCAGCAGUGCCUCACGCUCCACUACCCCAGCGACCCCUGCACUGCUGGACGCCACCUCUCGCUGACCCCGCACUGCCACGCCCAGUCACUCCCACUGACGCUACAGUACAGCUGCCAUCCAUCCUUAACAAACAGAGGAAUCUCCAUCGAUCUGCGCCCUUUCCUUCUUCUGUACUGCAUCUGUAGUGGUCCAUGAAUACUGCACCGCCGACUACUUCUUAGCUACCUGAAGGCCUUGUUUUCUCAACUCCUCAGCCUCCCCCCAAAACACGUUCUGACUGUCUCUCAGCCGCACAGACUUUCUCCCUGUCAAACUCAAAAACUGGUCAAGGGGUCCACUGUUGUGUUUAGCAUGGCUCGGGCUUACUUUACUGUGUGCUCAAAAUAAACCAAUGCAGAGGCAGAACUCCCUCUCUUAAAGUCAAAUUACAACAACAAAAAACACCAUACUUGGUUAUUGAACUCUGAUAAUGUCGUGUGAAGAUAAGCUUUGUUAUAUGCCAGACCAACACGUGGCCUCAGUAACAUAAGCCCAGUCAACGCCUGUGUAUGUCAGGGGCUUGCAUUGCAUGGGACUCGUUAUGGUACCACACAUAUUGUGAAGAAGAGAUAUCUAAAUUUAGCACUUGGAGAGGAUUUCCCUUUAACGCAGCAGGAGUGGGAUGACUCUUAACCCCCAGCAUGUGCACUAACAGCCCAGACCUCUGAGAGAUGGAUAGAUAGAUGCGUCUAUAGAACAGGCUCCUCUGUGUACUGGGCCGUGGACAUGUCCUGAUUGAGGUCCCCUAUCUAAGAAGCCAGACACCAGUCAGGAAACCCCUCUUCUGAUGGAGGAGAGGGGAUAAGAUACACUCUUGGUGCGAUUUAUUCCUCAGAAGCUCUUCCAUAAUACGGCUAAUUAUUUAUCCAAUGAUUUAUUUUUGGGCUUUUAGGAAGACAAAGAAAAGUCCAAAUAUUCAAAACAAAUAAUAAUGAUUUUUAAAAAGUUAACUACCUUGCUAGCGAGCCAAGAAAAUGACACCGGACUCACCUCUCUGUACCGAUGUGAACCCAAAUGAAUUCAAAGAGGAAGGGAAAAAACAUGAUCCAAACCUUUUUAUUACACUGCCAAAGUUACUAAGAGACAAGGAGAAGCACUCAUCUUGUAACCAAACGCAAGCAACUUCACCUCCUCAAGCAGCAAAGCCCUGGGAGAUAAAGGCUAUAGAGCAACAAGUCACGCAAAAACUCUAUAUUGAGUGUACUGGCCUCUGUCAGCCUGAAAAUACCCACAGUGAUCCACAGAGAGAGAAAUCCAGAGCAAACAUUUGGAAACGCCUGCCACAAAAGACAAUUGAAAUGGAAGGACCAACCACUGAAUGUGACAGUGAUUUAUGUGAAUGGCAACGGAAUGGACAAAGAAGCAGCUACUCAAAAAGAAGAUGAAAGGCAUUGGAACUGCCAAAAAUAACCUAAAAAAACUGAUAACCUGUCCAAGCAAGCAUUGUACAGUAUGGAUGAGACUUUUGUUCCUAAUUAUGUUUUUUAGCUCUAUCAAGAGGAUACAUUUCAGUGAGUCGUACCUUUUCACCCUCCUUUUCCAAAGCAUGACAAACAGACUAACGAGCCUCAUAAGUGGUGUAGACUCAGUUCUAUUCUCUCUCUCUUUCUACCUCCCCCCCCCACACUUUCCUGUAUGUUCCUCCCUAAAACUCUCUUGUCCCUCAGUCAACCCUACCCCCUUUGGACAUAACCUCUGAGCAGAUAUCUGGGAAGGGAUCAAACCUGCUUGUAGAUUUCCUUUCUUUGUUUCUCGCAACAACAAAAAAUGGUCUCUGUAUCUGGUGUCCACCUGUGCUGCCCUUGUGCGUUUUCAGAAAGAGGGACUUUUCUUCUUUUUAAGUUUGGGCUGAACAUUGAAGCAGGAGCAAGACUCUAGGACAGAAAACCCCAUGUUGUACUUAUUGUUCAAUUUGUUGUAUCUUUAUCAAUGAAAAGAAAAUCCUCUUGUAGAAUAUUUUAUAUUGCUCGCAUUGUAAGACAGUGAGAGGACAGAGGUGCAAUAUGAAGAGAAUUCAGCUACUGAAUGAAACCUCAGCAACUACCCAUAGGGGUCAUAUAAUAUAGAUACAUAUAAAUAUAUUUAAAAUAACAUCAGUAACUUAAUGUGAAUGUACAUAGUAUUUAAAGAGGUCCAAAAAUGUGUUUGCCAAAUAACAGAAACCUUUAAAGUAAUGUACAAUGUCCAGAAUAUGAUUUCUUUCCCGUUCAUUUUUUAAUCAAAGGCAUUUUAAUUUCUCAUAAAUCCUUCUUUUCUACCAGAUUAGAAAAGUCUGCUGAGUGAGUAAUCUCAAAAAGAGGUUAUGAGGAGGGAUGUUGGCAGCGAUAGUGGUUUUCUUCUGGAGUCACAGUUCUUAUAGCUCCCCCUAUAAUUGAUGGCAGCAUACACCUCUGACUCCCUUCAGGAGGAGCCAGCUAUAGCUCUCAUGACAGGCCCAAGAGGAUGGUUUUAAAGAGGAGAAAGAGAGGCUUAUCACACAUGGAUUCUAAAAGCGUCCUAGCAUGAGGCUAAAUUACUCCACUACUCUGGAUAUUGAAUUUAAAACGCAAGAAUUUAUGCCCAAAAAGUUAUCUGUGAAACAUUGCCAUCCAUUGGGCUGAAGUGCCACUGCAGUGGGCCACCUUUUACACUAAAAACCGUGGGAGCUGCCCCCAAAACAAAGCCAACCCACUGGUCUGGAAGUCUGAAGCUUAACCUAACCAUGAUACUGCCCAAUCCUUUCACUGGUUAUUUUUUCUUACCCUGUCCAUAGAUUCGUUUGUGAAGAUGCAGUCUCAGUCAUUUAUCCUCAUGUAGGGUUAGGAUCCUAGCAAGGCAAAAAAGGACUCAGAACCUGGGAGAGUUGGAACAGAUGUCUUCACAAUCACAGACUAACAGGGAGGAAUGCCAUCUCAUACAGUAAUGUCAUCACAAGCUAUAUUGAAGUUAAAACAUCAUUAAGUUAUAAUUACACACUCAAAUGGCUUUCAAACAUAACAUUAAAUAAGGACUGUACCUGCCAUGUUCAUAUGAAUGAUAUAAUAAUCCCAAACCAAUUGGCCACAUAACUCUAAAAUGGACCAAACUUGAAGGAGUUUUUGUGUUGUUUUAUCUUGUACUGUUAAAAGUAUGGUCUGCCAGGCUCUUUCGCAUUUAAAACCCAGAGUGACAUAUUGACGGAGAAACGAUUGGACGUCUAUUAGCGUUGACAGUGUGUUUAAUUUAUCACAUGAUCUAUUUUCCUAUAUGUCAGUAUCGAAAAGUAAUAUAUAAAUUGUUCCAAGUGUGAUAAGCUGCGAGGUACCCUGCAUCUGCGUGUAUAUGUGUGUCGUAUGUUAUUACCGGUGUAUUGAAAUGACUUCAGCCUGGUUGUGUUUCUAAACCCCUUCAGCCCUCUGCUCUUUAACCCCCACCUGAACAUCCCUCCUGUCUCCUGACCCACCACAAGCUACCUCCUCUGACCCUGCAGCACAUGACUGGGAGAGGUCACUGAGCUUUGGGAGCAGGGCUGCGAGCAGACAUGCAAACUCACACAAACAUCAGAGCAAAUAGGAAACAAACCCGGAAGAUCUAAUACUGAUAACUUUACUAUGUGUAUAUUUUCGCACCUCAACUCACAGUCAGAAAUAGUGAUCAAAGGAGGAACACUCAGAUGCUUUUGAUUCUAGACUCUCUACGUAUAAUACACUGUCCAGGGUUCGAUAUAGAGGAAUUCCUUCCAUACCCAAGCUGAACGUUAAACCAUUACAUUUGUAGUCCAAAACAAAUAAAGCACAGACCAAAGUAUUUCUGCACGACGGGUGGAUUUUGAAAUUGUGUCGAGUAAGACCAGAAAAAAGGAGGCUUGAGGCCAACUAUACCUGUUAACCAAAGUGUCUGAAAUAAACACAUGCUCAAAGCACAAGACAAAAACAAACAACCAACGCAUCUGUGAAGGUGGAGAUUUGUAGAUUAUUUAUUCAAGUAAUCAAAGCGCUUGUUUCUACAUAUCUAAUGCCUCAGAUAAGACUACAGAAACAUCUCCGGAAUGCGUAAUGAUUGCUUUGAGUUUUCUUCCUAAGCCUUGCUUACAGACGUAAUAAUUGCAUGGUGUGUGUGUGUGUGUACUUGUUUUUCUCUUUUCACAGUUUCUCUGUACAAACUACUUGAACCUUCAGAGCUUUAAUGAAACAUCUCAGUCAGAAUAAUGGCAGAGAAUUCUAAAGAUGUAGCAGUGCACUGAGAGGGAAAGACAGAGUGAACUCACCCACCAUAUUAUCCACAACAUUACCGUAGGUUUUGAUGACAUUUCAAUACACAUUAUCCUUUAAUGCUCUCUGUGUGCUUUGCUUGUCUGCGAAUCAACCCUGAAACACAAUAACUCUUUAAUUUGUCACAACUUGUGGCAAAUACUAUUUUUAUUGACCAAAAAAAAAAUGUGUUUGUAAUAUCAAUCACACCAACUCUCUCUUUCUCCGCUGUCCCUUUUUAAGCCCAGCAUUGGGGCACAUGUUAUUUGGGCAGGUCUGUACAGUGGUUGGUGCUGUCGAACAUUUGGCCAUGCAAGCUGUCACUGAAAGGACAUCUGAAGUAGAGUUAGCAUGCUGAGCUCCUGUUCUGUGUGACCCACUGAAGAGAAGGUUUAACUAAUUCUCUUUUUCUAUGACCAGACAAGAGAAACAAGGUUCCUAAAGUGGUAUGGGCUCUGAGGAAAGGAUUCAUGUUCUGGACAUGGAAUAAUGGAAGACCAACUGUGUGUGGAGCGUUCUAUUUCAUUCAUGCCCUGUGAUGUCAUAAUGGGGUAAUAGGAGGACUGUUCCUGCCUCUGAUGUGAAAUCUACAAAGCCUGGAGGUCUCCACCGCUUAUAUAUAGAUAAAGACUGUCAUUUAUUCACAUAUACAGACCACUUUAUGAUCUCUUUAGGUUUUUAAUACGGCAUACGUGAAGAGGGCAAAUUCUGUGUUUUCGAUGGCAAAUACUAGCAUGUUGGCAUCAGCCUCUCCCUAACCAUUUACCACCAAUCUAUCAAUGGAGUUUCUUGGCUCAUCUGAUUUCAGUGAAUGAUUGCCCUGUGAAGCCCGCACUGAUACAAAGCUGAGAUGGCACUUGGUCUCCCCAAGUUAUGGUAGGGAUGAAAGUGUUUUUAUUACAUUAUUAUUUCAAGACAAACAAAGACUUGGUUUUAUAUGUGUAGGGAAGCAUUAUAUACUGUAUUGUGCAAUACAUUAUUACAGAAAAAAAAAAGUUUCUGUUUGAAAGGUUGGCGCUUUGAAGAAAAAAUUAUUUUCCUCUUUAAGAGUCCUAUUACCAUUCUUUAGAUGAAGUGAACUGUGCCAGAAUAAUUUAAUUCUGAUUUUUAUUUAUUUAUUGCAUGCUUUCCUUCCCUUUUUGCUAUUCCCCUUCUUUAACUGUGCGCUAUGUUGGAUGUGUGAAGCUGUAAACAUUCUAAUUCAGGUUAUCGUCUGUGUUGAGCUAUGUAACUGCGUAAUUAAAAAUGAAAUGAAAUAUCAA